AUGGAUGAAAUAAAAUGGUCAAAAAAUGAAACAAUUAGCACAAACUUAACAAAUAUUAUAUAUAACACUACUGAUAGUAUAACAAAUGGGGAACAAGAAUAUUUACAGGAAGAUUUACCGACAAAUGAUUGUUUUAAUAAAGAUAAUCGAAGUGUUUGUUUAAAUGAACCCAAUCAAUUUUUAAAUGAUCAUUGUAAAAUCAUAAAUGACAACCAUGGAAAACUUAAUAUUGAUGGCCUUGACAGACAAGCUCAGAUUCAACAGAUUGUUGAGAAUACUAUCAGCGAAGAAUCACGAUUACGUAUACAUCAAAUUUUGGAAUUGGUAUCAGCACUUACUUCGCCGGAAAAGCUAUUAUUGUAUUUACGACUUCCAACCGAUACACAACCUAUCUCCGAUCCAUUACGACAACCACUUAAUCCACUUGGAUCUAGAUCAGAAAUUAGUCAAACAAUUAAUUGGAUACGAACACAUCUGGAGGAAGAUUCCCAAGUGGCUAUGCAAAAACAGGAUGUUUAUGAGGAAUAUACAGCGUAUUGCUUAGAAAAUGAAAUGAAAGCACUAUCAACAGCUGAUUUUGGGAAAGUAAUGAAACAGGUAUAUCCAAAAGUACGACCUAGACGACUUGGUACUAGAGGAAAUUCAAAAUAUUGUUAUGCUGGUUUGCGAAAACGUGUUAAGUUAGAAGCACCCAUUUUACCUGAUCUCUUAGAUUUCCCAAAGUCUACAGAAUUUCCAUGUUCACAAGCUGAUUUAAUGGAAGCGGCGUCUCGUUUAGUGCGUGAAUGGGCUGAAAAUUUAUUGGGCGUACAAUUUCCAACUUUAGAUUCAUUGGCAUGUCAUUUGAUUGAAAUUGGAAGUGUCGAUACUCGUUCAGUGGCUGCAUUAACCAUCAUUAAUGCUUUUGGACGAAAUUCUGAUAAAGCAGUCAAGUUAAAAACAUCAUCUUCGAGUCCAACAGCUGGUAAACACAGGGAAACACAACUUCAAUUACAAAGAAAGCUUCAUCAACGUGAAGUAAUUCGUGAGCAUAAACGUAAAAUGCAGCUUCAGUCAUCAAAAUGUGAUACAAAUAAUAUAACAUCAACAAAACGGGCGAAAAAAAUCAAAAUUGAAGAAACAACACCAAAUACAUCGCCAACAAUAAAUGAUGAAAGCGAUUUAUUAAUCGAUUCAAAUCAUCAUCAACAUGCAACAACAAAUGGUAGUAACUAUGACAACACCAUUACUCAUAACAAUACAGUCUCAACUGUUGUAACAAAUAAUAAUACCACAAUUGUUGCAUCAACGCCAGCAUCAACAAACAGUAGUCCACAAACAAUUGCUCAGGGUAAUAUAAAUAAUAAUAAUAAUAAUAAUAAUUUAACAAACAUAUCAGGUACGUUAAGGCUGUUACCAGUCUGUGAUACAAAGAAAAUAAUGGCAUCAACUUCUUCAACAACUACAACAUUACAGCUAGUUACGUUACCUGAUUUUAGCAGUUUUCAAAAUAAUAAUGUCAAUAAUAAUAAUAAUUAUAAUACUGAUGAGAAUACUUGUGACACAAAAUCAUUGACAACAUCAAAACAACAAAAUACUUCCAAUAAAACAACAGUCAAUUUAUCUAAAAAACCACAAGAAACAAUUACAGUAAAAGCUUUUGCAAAUAAGUCAAUAUCACGAUCAAAUUCUUAUGAGCAUCAACAAAAUGAAGCACAAAAACUUGAACAAAAACCAAUUCCCCCGACUCCACCAACAUUACCUCCUCCACACCAGGAUAAACAACAGAAACAACAAAGACUGCGUGUACCACGAUUACCGAAUACAAAAUUAAAGCCAGUAAUACAAUCGAAAACAACUAAGUACAAAAAUGAUGUUCGAUCUCAUGACAAUAUUGUCAAGCAACCAUUAUUACAACAAAAUCCACCUGUUCCACCACUUUUAGGCUAUUAUAAUCAAAUACCGUCAGCAGCGGAUGAUAAAUUAAAAUUGGAACAGAUUGAAAUGAAGAAUAAAUUGAAAUUAAUACCACGUGAACGUGUUUGUAGUAUUGGAAAUAUUGAUAAAGAUGCGUUAGACGAUUACUUGUAUAGUGGGAAUAAUUCACAAGAACCGGAAGAAGAAAUUAUGCAAUAUUUUCAAAAUGAUUCAUCAAGUGUUGAAGAUUUUACUGCGAAUAAAGUUGAAAAUAAUUUAUUAAAUACACCAAUCGAGGAGCAUGUUGAUGAGAAAACCGAUAAAAUUUCACAACUUCGUUUGCUAUUAGAAAAAAAUCUAAAAUCAACGAAAAGUCCACCAGAGGAUUGUAAAAGUGAUGAAAUACAAUCGACAUCAUCAUCACAAAAUAAUUUUAUGUAUCAAAAUUCAAUCGAUCCACAGAAAUCGUUGAUUUUAUCAUCGCUCUUAACAUCAAAUACACCAGGUUUAAAUACAAAACGUCGUGUUAGUUUUGAUACGUACACAACGGCAACAAGUAGUGUACCACCAAGUCCAAAUACACGUCGACAACAUUUCAAUUUUACACCAAUAUCACCUGGACCAAAUUCACCCGGUGGGAAACAAUCAAAGAAUUCAAGUACAAAUGCUAGUCCAUUUGUAAGUCCACGUAAUACGCCGGUACCUAUAAAAUAUACACGUAAUCGAUCUACAUGCACCAAGAAAUUAUCAAAAGACGAUGUGAAAUUAUCGAUAGAUAUUGGUAAAACAUCCGGACAAUUUGUUAUACCAAAUAAUUUACCAAUGUCAGCGCCACCAAGUCCAAUGUUACCAUAUCGACAUAAACAACCACAUCAUCAUCAGCAACACUAUUUGCAAACGUUGUUAGAUGCGGACGUGACAAGUUCUUCACCAUCGUAUCUUCCAAACGAUAGUAUCAAUGAGUACAUCGAGCGAAAACUACACGAUAAAACUAAGUUAGCAAAAUUGAAAAUUGAAAAUCCAUCAAUUGAUACAACAUCCUCCUCAGAUAAUUCACCAAAAUUAUCAAAUCUAACACCAAGUAAUGAUUCUACGUUGUUAGUUGUACAUUCAGCUGAUCCUCUAUCACAAGAAGUGAGUCAAUUUUUCCCCGAUGAACAAUCUCAGCCAAUUUUUAACAAUGUUGACAUGUUUCGAUCACAAUCAGUCCCAUUACACCACCAGCAAAUCAAAACUAGUGAUUCGAUGAUUUUUUAUAAUCAACAACAAAAUCCAGGUGUUAACUAUAAUUUUAUGCCAUCAAAUGUAACAUCCACAAGUAGUUCCGUUGGACAAACACCUGUACCAAAUGAAUUCAAUGAUUUCACUGGACUCGGAGAUACAACAACGAUUUUGAAUAAUGAGAACUUGGACAAAAUUUUUAAUAUCCUACAAAAUGAUACGUCAUCAAAUAACAUGUUUAAUGAGCUAGAUACGUCAUCAUCACAGGUUUCAAGUGAUUUAGUACAAUCAAGUUCAUUUAUGUCAACACCUGCAUCAGAGACACCUGGUGGAAAUCAUAAUAAUGGGUUGUUGAGAUCACAAAGUAUUGAUUUAUCCGGUGUAAUGAUGAUUAAUCAAAAUGUACGAUAUCCAAAUAAUUUUGCACCAUCAAGAUCGGUACCAAGUACACCGUUGCCAUAUGUAAAAGAACAACAUACAGCGUCUACGUUGCUUGAUUAUGGAAGUUUAUCGAAAUCACAUCCGUCAACACCGUUAAUCAAUGAUACGGGAUUUAAUUAUAAGCAUACACAAAUUGGAGAUUAUUUAUUGAAUGGCCAACCGAUUGGUAAUAAUAAAUUAAAUGAAUUAACUAGUUAUUUGUCGACAACGUCGUCGGAAGUACGUGGUGCUGAACCGUUUGUGAAGAGCAAAGAGGCAAUUUUAAGUGAUGAUACACCGUAUGUGGAUGAUAGUUUCACAUUUUCUGAUUCGGUAUUGUUAGUCGAUGCUAACGAUACAUUUAAUUUUACAACACGUGUCGGGGAUGAUACAUCGAACGUGGUUGAUAAUGAUUUAAUGCAGCUAAGUGGUGGAGGUGGUGCAGACGGUCUACAAACUGUAACACCAUCUGAUACCAGUGAUAAUUUUGUAACAAGUACAAAUACAGAGCAGCAUUUUUUAAAAGUUGAUAAUAAUAAAUGCAGUGCUGUUAUUGAUAAUAAGUUCGUUGCAGGUUCGACGAAAUUAAAAUAA